AUGGAGGAAAGCAAUCCUAGAUCAGGCAUAAUUAUCUCUAUAGUAUUCUAUAUUUGUUAUUUUUUUUAUUUUAUCACGUACAGCUAUGAAAUAACUUUAAUUUUUUCAAAGAAAAUAGAUUUUAUAUUGUUUUGCAUUUUAUUACUUACAACAAUGUUUUCAAUUUUCUUCAUUUCAUUGGCUUUGAUGUAUGCUUCCUUUUUUUUAAUUGCUAUUAUUACAUUGACCGAAAUUUAUGAGUACACAGGUAAUUUACUUGAUUUUAUACUAGAUGAUGAAUUUAAUAAAUUGUUUUUAUUAGUUAGAUUAUUUGCAACAGUUAAUUUUAUUGUAUUUUUCUCAAUUCAUAUAAGCAAUCUUAAAAAAAAAAAGAAGGAAUAUUUAAAUAAGGUUAGAUCACAAAAUAACAAAAUGGAGUUAAAUAAUAAAAAGAGUCAAAACAAUAAUAAUGUUUUAAGGAAUAAUAGUGGACCUAUUAAUAAUAACAUUUAUAAUGAAAAUGGAAUGCCGAUAUAUCAGGAAAAUAUAUAUCCACCUCAAACAAUUACCCCAGGUGGAUAUGCUUUACACCCUAUUUCAAAUCCAAUUAUUCCAAAUGAAAAAAAUAUUUUAGCUAGUCAACUUAAUACAUACAAUUCUCAGUAUGUGCCAUCUAAACAUUACACUAUUAAAUCACCUAAUAAUUUAAAUUCAAUAGGAAAUAAUCAAACAUUAAAUGAUUAUAAUGCUGUCAAUAGCAAUUUAAAUUUACCUAAUAAACAUUAUAUAAAUCCUCUAAAUAAUUCCGCUAAUGUACAUUCAUAUAUAAAUGAUAUUAAUAUCCAUUCAAAUGAGCAUUAUUUAGUAAAAGAUGGAUAUAAUUUAAGGAAUAAUUAUUAUGAUAUUAUGAAUAAUCCGAGAAAUAAUAAUAAUUUACCACCGUUUACACCUAACAAUAUCUCAUUAGAAAAUAUUCCAUAUCCAAAUUCUGGUUCUAUAAACAAGAAUAAUGGAACAUAUAAUGCAUAUGGUUGUUAG